AUGCCCAGGCCUGGGGGCAGUGGAGGGGUGCCACCUGGGAGUCGAGACAGCAGUGGGAUUUGUCGAAGCAGUAGCAUCAGCAGUGGAAGUGGUGGGUCCGGAGGCAAGAUACUGUCUCUGUCAUCCAUGAGUGAUAGUGUGCACAGUGGCCUGAGCUGUUUCUUGUCAGAGCAAGCACUGGAGCAGGAAGAACGGCAGCAGCGCAGUCACCAGUUAGCAGAGUUUCAGCGCCUAAAAGAGGUUCGUGCAGCUGCUCAACUCAAAAACCUGGAGGAUUUCCUUAGGAUGAACCAUGUAUCACUCAGGGACAGCAUGUCAUAUUCCACUGGCAUGAUUUACAGAAAUCUGGGCAAAUCUGGGUUAAGGGUCUCCUGUCUUGGAUUAGGAACGUGGGUUACCUUUGGAGGACAGAUUACAAAUGAGGUGGCAGAGCAGCUGAUGACUUUGGCGUAUGAGAAUGGAAUCAAUCUGUUUGACACAGCUGAAGUGUAUAAUGCUGGAAAGGCUGAAGUUGUCUUGGGAAGUAUCAUAAAGAAGAAAGGAUGGAGGCGUUCCAGUUUAGUCAUCACCACCAAAAUCUUCUGGGGCGGAAAAGCAGAAAUGGAAAGAGGAUUAUCUAGAAAACAUAUAAUCGAAGGUCUAAGAGCAUCACUAGAGAGACUUCAAUUGGAGUACAUAGACGUGAUUUUUGCAAAUCGACCAGAUCCUAACACACCUAUAGAAGAGACGGUGAGGGCAAUGACCCAUGUGAUCAACCACGGGAUGGCCAUGUAUUGGGGAACAUCACGAUGGACCUCCAUGGAAAUCAUGGAGGCUUACUCUGUGGCACGACAGUUCAACCAGAUUCCACCCAUCUGUGAACAGGCAGAGUACCACAUGUUCCAGAGGGAGAAGGUUGAGGUGCAACUCCCUGAACUCUUCCACAAUAUAGGCAUUGGAGCUAUGACAUGGUCUCCACUGGCCUGUGGGGUCAUCUCAGGGAAGUAUAGCAAUGGGAUCCCCCCUUAUUCCCGUGCCUCACUUAAGGGUUAUCAGUGGAUGAAAGACAAGAUCCUGAGUGAGGAGGGACACCGUCAGCGAUUGAAACUAAAAGAGUUGCAGGCAGUUGCUGAGCAACUAGGCUGCACUCUGCCCCAAUUGGCUAUUGCCUGGUGCCUGAGGAGUGAAGGGGUAAAUUCUGUUCUGCUGGGAGCUUCCAGAACUGACCAGCUGAUGGAGAAUAUCAGAGCAAUACAGGUUCUUCCAAAGUUAUCACUCUCCAUUGUAUCUGAGAUGGAUGGCAUCUUGGGAAAUAAGCCCUAUAAUAAAAAGGACUUCAGAUCCUAG